CCUACAAACCAAUAAGAAUAGUAUUUUGUCGCCUCUUGUUACAGGAUGAAAUCGUAUGAAUUUGAGAUUAAAGUUGUGUUAAUAUGAAAACAGUAUCUGACAAUUUGAUCAACUUUUAACCAUUUGUUUUAUAGCAGCAUCGAUCGUACAUAGAGUAGAUAUAUAAUUUAAAUCAGUCUUAUUUACUGCAAAAAUGACUCUUGACGUGAUUCAACAACAGCCUGACAAACUCGAUCCGCUGCCAGAUUUAUCGGAAAUUUUGUCUGACGAUUCAGAUUAUCUUGAAUUCAUUCUCGAUGACGAACAAUGUCGAGAAUCACCGCCAACCUUCACCGGAAUAAACGGCGCUGAUUUACCGCAGAUACCCGAGAGUUUUAUGGCCGAACUUUUAUCUCCUUUGAACGAAUUUCAAGCAAAUGUUCCCCACACUUUCCCAGACACUCCGGCGUCUCGACAAUCACCAGUUGAAUUUUUCGACAACCAUCAAGCGUCGUCGCCAUGUUUUUCAUCGACUCAGAACGAAAUUGAAUGCAUGCUAAAUGAGCACCAUAUGCAGCAAACGCAAAGCUGCAGCUCUCCACCGAUUCAUAAUGAACAAUUUCAUGCAACUGAUUUGUUGAAUAUACAACAUUGCCAACCGUCAUCAGACUAUCAAACAACGAACUAUGUUCAGAGUACCGACUAUUCAUCAAGUCCUCCCGCAUACUGCCAUGGAUCCUUUGGAGCCAUAACUCCACCAAUUUCGCCGAGCGAUUCAAUCUUUUAUGGUGAAUGUCAAAGUUAUGAACAAUACAGUACUGAAUGUGGCAAAUCUGCCUAUAAUGCAACAUCUUUUCAACAAAACCAUACUGGGUCACCGUACUCGACAAAUAAUGAGCAAAUGUUUAAACCAAAUUGCAACUUUUCGGUUUCAACAAACCAUGCCUCAAACUAUAAUGAACAAACAGCGUACGAAGGGGAAAACUCGUACUUUUACAAUUCUCAACAAUACGGAAGAUUUCAGCAUUCCAAUACUGCAUUUGAUCCUCUCAAUCACAAUCUUCUUCAAGCAAAGAACCCAAUACCAACAAAUAUUUUUAACCAACAAGUUGAUGGUUCAUGUAUCCAUCCUCUAGCAGUAAAAGUGGAAAGAUCGACCGUAAAAAAGCCACGAAGAACUGGUACAAGACGUAGAAAAGCAACAAUUCAUGUUUGUGAACAUGGAGGAUGCGGCAAAACUUAUAAUAAAAGUUCACAUUUGAAAGCUCAUAUGAGAACACAUACAGGAGAGAAACCUUAUCUUUGUAGCUGGGUUGGAUGCGGUUGGAGGUUCGCUCGUUCAGAUGAACUCACACGUCAUUUUCGUAAGCACACCGGACAUCGUCCUUUCAAAUGUACUCUUUGUGAAAGAGCUUUUAGUAGAUCAGAUCAUUUGUCUCUUCAUAUGAAACGCCAUACAUGAAACAAAAAACCGUGCGGCGUCGUCAACAAAUUGUCUCACGCUGGACGUGGAGGAUCACUGCAAAGAUGAUGGUUUUGGUGAAUGCCAUCAAUAGAACGAAGAAUCAAAGAUUUGACUGCAAAAACACUUGAAACAGUCAAUGUAAUGAAUCAGAAAGAAAGCUGUCGCAGAAAUAUUGUACCGCGUUUGCAAACGAGUUAAAUUUAAUUAACGAUUGUAAUUUUCCUGGUGUUGAACUGUGUUGCUUUAGGAGAUGCAAGUUAAAGAGAUGUUGUAUAAUUUAAAAAAAAAGCAUUAAAGGUAUCAAAACGAGCUAAUUUUAUUUUCAAACAAUUAAUUUCUAUAACGCAAGAUACUGCAUUUAUUUUACAAUGGUUUCAGAUGUAUAAGUGACAAAGCAAAGCCCAAUAAUUGAUAUUCUUUUUAAGCUGAGCUCUUUCAUGGUGUCAUCUUAACUGCGUAUUAUAAUUAUAUUUAUUGCUUUACAUUCAGUUCCUAAGCAUGCCUGAAAAAUGGUUUUGUUUUGCAUUUUCAUUUUAUUAUUUUAUUACUUGGUUAUCUAAUAAAGUUAUUUCAUU